GAAGAUGGCGGCUGUUGUAGUGAUUGUUGAUGGAGUUGUCGCACCGCUGGAUUCGGACUCGUCGCGGUUACCGUCUCCAUCACCGGACCAACCGCACCAGAAUAACGCGCUGCUGGGACUCCCGAUAGUGGCGAUUGACUCGAUCCUAAACUUCCUGUCAUACGACGAGAUUAGUCUGCUGCGGCUGGUGUGUAAACGUAUGGAUAUGAUUUGUCAGCGAAUGCUCAAUCAAGGCUUCCUGAAAGUGGAGCGCUAUCACAGCUUGUGCCAGAAACAGGUCAAAGCUCAGCUGCCUAGGAGGGAAUCCGAGCGGAGGAACCAUUCGCUAGCACGUCACGCGGACAUACUGGCUGCUGUGGAAACACGUCUGUCCCUGUUAAACAUGACCUUCAUGAAAUAUGUGGAUUCAAAUCUGUGCUGCUUCAUUCCUGGAAAGGUAAUUGAUGAGAUUUACCGUGUUUUGCGGUAUGUCAACUCCACACGUGCACCGCAGAGAGCUCAUGAGGUGCUUCAAGAGCUGCGAGACAUAUCUUCCAUGGCCAUGGAGUACUUUGAUGAAAAGAUCGUCCCUGUCCUGAAGAAGAGGCUUCCAGGUGCAGAUCUCUCGGGUCGUCUGAUAGGAUCUGCUCCGGUUGCUGGUCCCUCCACCUCUCUAACCACCAUGUCUCUGUUGGCCAAAAACACUCCGUCACGCUCAGAGAUAACGAAGGUGCAGCAGCAGGUGAAGGUAAACGGCGCGUCCAUGACGGUAUUGCGGCGUGAGAUUCAGGAGGUACGCGUGAAGCAGCUGGAGCAGCAGAAGCAGCUGCAGGACCAGGAGCAGAAGCUGCUGGAGCAGUCACAGGUGAUUGGAGAGCAGAACGCACGGCUUGCCGAACUCGAGCACAAGCUCAGAGAACUGAUGGACAGUGCAGUUGGCGCCGGAGCUCCUGCCGUUGCCUCUGGCUCCUCCACCCCUGCGGCCACCACCUCUGCUGUUGCCCCACCCCCCUCCAUGGCCAGCGGCCCUGAAGGUGAGAGCGACCCGUCUGCCAAACGCAAGCGCUCGGACAUCCUACGUCACUCCAAACGCCUGCGUAGCAAAAAAUAGGACAUUUCAAUAUAUACAUUUUAUGGUUUUGCUUUAUUCAAGCUAUAUCUUUUUUUUUUUCACCUGUCCAAUGAUGACACGAGUAUCACAUGAGGAUGAAAAAUACAUGAGAAAUUGUAAACAAGAGGGGUAUCUGUUGUUGUUUUAUCAGUUCUUGGUUUCCCUCAUAUCAGACAUGUAUUAUUACACUAAUAUCCUUGAGCCCCAUUGCUUGACUUAGAUUUCAAAAGGUUUUGCAUCUGCCUUGAGCAACAUUUGCCUUUUAUGCUUACCGAACUGUCAUGCCAGUGAGCUGUUAACAUGUCAAAGGUCAUUGAAUGUACAAAAGCUUUCCUUUUCAGAUUAACAAGCUUUAGUCAAUCAACCACAAGAAAGUUCGCAAGAACUCUGCAUACUGAUGGCACUGAAGACUGCAAUACAGACAUGUAGCAGCUUUGGCGCUCGGCAGAAGUUGUAACCUUAAUUCUGUUCAUUUGAAAAGUAAGAAUUAGAUUCCCUCUUGAAAUGGAGAACACAAAGUGUCUGACACCUGACUACUAAGUUAUAUAAUAUUAACGGUAAAUAUAAGUUUUGUUAUAUGUUCUAAGAGUCAAAUAUUUCUUUGGAGAUGUGCCUUGACAGUAUGAGCAAAUGAAUGGUCUGCAGCUGUAGCAUACAUGAUAAUAUUGUGUCUAAAAGAACAUCCGUCACUGAGGUCUUCUAGGUGUCAAUGCCAUGUUGUACCUGCCACUGUUUGUAGGUGUAUAAUUUACUGCAAAUAGAUUUGUGUCAGUGCAAUAAAUAUUGUGGAAAUCCUUGUUCCUAGGGAAAAAAAUAUUGAUGUUACACUUCAUUUAUGCCUUGAAAUUGUUUAUUUAUUUUUAUCGUUUUUUUUUUGUUUUGUUUUACAGCACUACAGCAAUUAUGCAACUUUAAAAAAAAUCAUGAGGUAGUAAUUCAGAGCAUAAUGAAUUAAAUGGUGAAAACAGUUUGAGAAAUUAAAUUGGAGGGACUUUCAAAUCAGUUGCCCGAUGCGCGGAAGAUGAGCAAAUAAAACUGCUAUGCUUCUGUUUAUGAUUGUCACCAGAGAUGUCUCAUAGCAACCAAAUUGAUAAACGAUGCUGCAAUACUAUAUGUCGUAUAGGUAUACAAUUAUAAAAAGACAGUAUAAUUUACUGUAUUUUGAACACCUGGCCAUGCAAACAUUUACAUUACAUUAUGCAUUUGGCAGACGCUUUUAUCCAAAGCGACUUAAGUGCACUUAUUACAGGGACAAUCCCCCUGGAGCAACCUGGAGUUAAGUGCCUUGCUCAAGGGCCCAACAGUGGCAUCUUGGUGGUGCUGGGGCUUGAACCCCUGACCUCAGUAACCCUGAGCCUCAACCACUGAGCCACCACUGCCCCCAAACAUUUGCUAGAUCUUUAGUCUAGACUUAAACUGAGUGUAUGCCUCUUCCUAGCAUUGUAGUCCCGAACAAUGCUAGGAAGACUAUUCCAUAGUUUAGGAGCCACAUAGGAAAAUGAUCUACCUCCUCUUUUGGAUUUAGAUUUUCUAGGUAUUAUUAACAGGCCAGACUUUUGUGAUGGUAGUGAACAUGAUGGAAUAAAAUAUGAUAGAAGGUCACUUAAGAAUUGUGGAGCUAGACCAUUCAAAGCUUUGUAAGUAAUUAACGGAAUUUAAAAAUGAAUAUGAAAUUUAAUAGGAAGCUAAUGUGGCGAUGUUAAAAUGGGGCUGAUCUGAUCAUAUUUCUUGGUUCUAGUCAGUACUCUAGCUCCUUCAUUUUGAACUAACUGGUGUUUAUUUACUGAACCUGCAGGACAUCCUCCCAGUAAUGCAUUACAAUUAUCUAGUUUUGAGGUCAUUAACGCAUCAGAAACAGAGAGCAUGUGCCGUAACUUUUGAAGUGGAAGAAUGCAAAUGCUAUAAAUACUGGAAAUGGGAUUUUCAAAAGGCAGAUUGCUUUCAAAUAUAACACUUCUAUAAUAGUUCUUCGCUGUAGAUGACGUAAUAUUACAUCCAUUGCGAGUCAAAUUAUAUUUUAGCUGCUUAUUCUUAGAGGUUAUUUUUAUCAGUGCUUGGACCCCUCAACUUCUCGAACUACACUGAAUCACAUCAUUUAUUUAUAUAUAUAUAUAUAUAUAUAUAUAUAUAU